AUGUCAACCGCAGAACUCGCCUCCUCUUACGCAGCCCUCAUCCUCGCCGAUGAGGGUCUCGAGAUCACCGCCGACAAACUCCAAACCCUCAUCUCCGCCGCAAAAGUCCCCGAUGUCGAACCAAUCUGGACAUCCCUCUUCGCCAAAGCCCUCGAGGGCAAAGAUGUCAAGGAUUUGUUGACGAACGUGGGUUCCGGAGGUGGUGCUGCGCCUGCAGCUGCCGGAGGUGCUGGUGCGGCGGCUGGUGGGGAUGCGGCGCCGGCUGCUGAGGCUGCGAAGGAGGAGAAGGAGGAAGAGAAGGAGGAGUCCGACGAGGAUAUGGGAUUCGGACUUUUCGACUAA